UUUUUUGCUUCGUUUUUGCUCGUUGCCCAUAAACCCUAAUGAUCAUAAACCCUAAAUGGGCGAUCUCUUCCGGAUCAAUGGGACGGGAGUCACUCUGUCGCAAGUUCUCGAAUUUCUGGGCUCGAUUCCAAGCUUCCAGCAGCUCCCAAUCACUGCAAUUGAAAGAUUAGCUCUUGCUGUGCAACCAAAAGAGUGUUUACCAUUAGAGCUUUCAAAUCUUCCUCGCGGAGUCUACAUUGUUUGGAGUGGAGAGCUUGCGCUUGGCACAGGGAAUUCAAGCGUAAAAAUCCUGAGUCGAGGAGGUUUUGUAACUCAAGAAGAGCUCCAAGGUGCUACAGCGAGUGGCAAGGUUGUUUUCUUGGUUCUCAACUCUGCUGAUGCUGCGUUGAUUCAUACCAAACAUAUUUGGACACCCGGUGGAACGAGUGUCAUAGAAAAACUUCUACAACUCGAAAAAGUGGAGAUCGAUGUUUACCGUGGAUUCUCUAAUCCUAAUCUUGUAGAAUUCAAGCAGAUAUUUGGAGGGCAACUAGUUGGGCAAGCUUUAGCUGCGGCGAGCAAGUCCGUAAAUCCUUUCUUUCUGGUACACAGCCUCCACUCGUAUUUUCUAUUUCCCGGUGAUAAAAGCAUCCCAAUAAUCUAUCGCGUCCAAAGAAUCCGGGAUGGAUACAACUUUGCAAAUCGAUCCGUGAGUGCAUUCCAAAGCGACCAAAUUAUCUUCACAAUGACUGCAUCAUUUCGGAGGGGAGAGAGUGGCGCUGAACACCAGCUUCCCGUGCCUUGUGUGCCACCACCCGAGGAGCUGGAACGCGAAGAAAUUGCUCAGCAGCGCUACCUCUCGGACCCUCGCCUUUCACUAUCAAAGAAGGAACUCCUGAAGAACAAUUCUUCCAAAGAACACCCUCUGGAUUUGCGUCGUUGCGAGGACUUUGAUGAAGUGGACCCGGAACCAUGCGAGUCAAGACUGGCGUUAUGGUUUCGAGCCAAAGGAACGCUUCCGGAUGAUCAAGCGUUACACCGCUGUAUCCUGGCCUAUGCUUCCGACUGGAUUUUUCUCGAGUCGGCUUUAAGGCCCCACGGCUGGACAUCCGGACCAACUGGGAUUUUUACAGACAUCAAAGUACUCAGUAUGGAUCAUUCGCUAUGGUUCCACACUUCUGUCAAAGCAACUGACUGGCACCUCUUCUCGGUGCUGCAAAUUUACUUUCUUCGUGUGUUCACAGUUUCUCAUUGCAGAUGGAGAGUCCCUGUGCCGCAUCAGGUCGAGCAUUUGUCUCUGGCCAUAUUUACUCGAGACAAGGAAAGCUGGUGGUUUCCGCAACACAGGAAGGCCUCGUCCGAAAGAAGCUGGAAUCUAGGCUGUGACAAGAUGGUUUCUGUGAUAGCUUCUUCCCAUGCUCUUUACAAGCGUAGUUCUCUUCGAAAGGUACCAUCAACCCCUUGUGGCGAACAAUCUUUCACGCCCUUGUACCAGCCUCCAAAGCUUACCAAAGUCUUCAUCCUGAACAUUACUCCUGCGUGAUCAAGAUCUUGAGAUAAAAGAGAAACUCAGAAAAGAAAAACCAAAAACCUCGCGUGUUUGUGCUGAGCAAGCGCGCUCCAUCGCCAAAGUAGCUCACUGUCCAUGCAAGACGAAGGGACGAGCUACUAGGCAGUUGCUCUGGCGCAAAGCGCAAGCCUGGAAUCCACGAAGAUAUAAUUUAACUCAUGGAACCCACAAAGAAACAAACUCAUGGACCUCAAUCCAUGCCAUUUGUUCCUGUC